AUGAUACAGCUACACCCGCGGUGGGCAGACAUCGUUCUCCGCGAACACCUCUAUCCGGUUGAGCUGAUAGAGACCGUCUACCUAUCGAAUAUGCAAUUCGCCGUCGGCCAGGGCUGGACGUGGCCUCGUACCGAUGUCGAAAGCUAUUAUAAUUCGUACUACCCCGCCAAUGCCAAAAAUUGGUUCGAGUUUUUGCGGCAGAGAGGGACUUUUGUCGGCCCGAAGGAACUGAAGGAUCCUACUACCGAAUUUCAAGGCGAUACGAACGCCUCCAACGGGCUCGGCACUGUUUCUAUCAUGUGGGGUCUGCUAACCGCCCCGUUCUAUCAUCCGGAUGCCUCACUCGAGUUGCAGUACGGCGGGCUGGGCAUGAUCAUUGGUCACGAGCUGACACACACCAUCGAUCCGGGAGCCAUCGAAUUUAAACCGAGCGUCCUUGCCGGCGAGGAAGACAAGGGGCAAUUCAAGGAACAAGUCGAGUGUAUUGAGGAACAAUACGGAAACGCCGGCCUACCAGAGAACACGGACUUCAGGCAACCUGGAGACAUAACUCGUGAUGAAGCUGUCGCCGACAAUGCCGGGCUUCGGGUGGCUUUGAGGGCCUAUCGUAAGGAGCGCAAGCGCCUCUACGGCAAACUGGAGCCAAAACUCCCUGGUCUCGACGCCUACACUCCCGACCAGCUCUACUACGUCGCUGCCGCCAUGUUCCUCUGCGACAACAAUACCAAGGACGCCCUCGAGAAGUUGGAGACAGACGGGCACCCACCCGGCUAUAUUCGCCUUAACGAGAUGGUGAAGAACUCGAAGGAGUUUUCCCGCGUCUACAAGUGUCCGCUCAACUCGCCGAUGAACCCGCAGAAGAAGUGCUACACGUGGCGCCACAAGAAGAGGCAC